GCUAUAAAAAGCCCUAACUGCCCAAGUGAGCAGAGGACGUGCAGCGGGCACCCAGGGUACCUCUUUGGGGCCAAGGAAGGAGCACAACCUGAGAAUCAUGCCAAGGCUUCCCCCUGUCCUGCGGCUGCUCCAAGCUCCUGUGAAGUAUACAGUGGUUCCCAAAGCCCAUGUCUCUGCCAAGCCAGCCCAAACCCCCACUUCCGCUAUGGAGCAGGCUGUGGGGAUCAUGACCAUAUUCGUCGGCUUCAUGGUUCCUGCAGGAUGGGUCUUAUCUCACUUGGAGAGCUAUAAAAAAAGCUCCACAGCAUAAACUGGCACAGCCCUGAAAGAUUAAACUCUUCCAUCCACCUA